AUCUAGGUUAAUCUUAGUUCGAUAUUUAGAUCUAGUCUAGAUCUACAGAUGAUCUAUCUAGCCUUACGAAAAUAGAUGUAGAUCUAUCUGUCUAGAUCUAGAAUCUAUAUAUAAGACUCAUUCUGGAUUUUUAAAACGUGAAUUUUCCUAACUUAACUAACUAUGUCUGUGACUGCUAUCGCUUCUGUAGAUAAAGGUAGACGAAGAAGGGUAUUAGACGAUGAAGGCGAAGAUGAUAACAAUUUACAUUUGCCAGAGGCCACGAGACCAUCGGAAUGUGAAUCAGAAGGAGAAGUUCCAGAUAUAGAUUUAUCAGAAUAUGAAAGUGCUGUAGAUGAGGGAGGGGACCAUGAAGAGGGUAGUGAAGAAGGAAGUGAGUCAGGAACAGAAGAUGGCUCAGAGACUGAAUCUGAAAGCGGUUCAGAGACUGAAACCGAAGGGGAAGAAUAUUCUGAAGAUGAAGGGCUAGAAGAAGAACGUCAGAGUGGAGACGGAGAGGAGCAGCCUAAUAACGAUAAGCCUGAUGAUGAUGAAGACAAAAAGAAUCCAGCAUAUGUACCCCGUAAAGGUGCCUUUUAUGAACAUGAUUUACGUCAGGGAAAUGAAGGACCUGAAGCAGAGCAAACAGUUGAGGAAAAGCCAAAAAAAAAGUUGUGGCAGGAUGAAGGUAAAUGGGCUCAUGACAGAUAUAGUGAUGAUUCUCAAGCUCCCAAGUCUAGGGAGGAACUGAUUGCUAUCUAUGGUUAUGAUAUUAGAGUAGCAGACAAACCUCCUGAGGCCCCUCCAAGAAAGCCUGGCAGAGAGAAGGGGCCAAGGCAGCAUCGCAUUAAAGACUUUGUUCCAAAAAUGGCAGUUAUAGAUACAACUGAAGAUGGAACAGAUUCUGUACCAAAUCUAGGGGAUGAUGGUGUGAUUCUUUAUGGUGGUCCUUCUCCAAGAAAUUUGCGUAAAAAUAAUAUGCGCAACUCUGAUGGCAGACGAGGUGGGCGUCAUGUUAUUAGAAAUGAUGUGGAUUCUUUCAAUAACAAAAAUCAAUAUGAUAACAAGAAUGGUAAUGACAUUACCAAUCAAACUAAUGAAAUGGUACCAAAGCAGAUUGAUAAAUCUGAGGAGUUCCCAAGUUUAGUAGAUACUGUUCGGCCAGCAAAUCAAAGAAAUGAUCAAUACAAGAAACAGGUAGAUCUAGGUAAUCAGUUAAAAAAUGAUCAGAAAGUUGCACAUGAAAAAGUUUCAAAACCUCAGGUACCAGAAAAUGUUCGUCAGAAUGAUUUUAGGGAUAAAGGCUUUAAUAAAAUUCAGCAAAGCCAGGAUAGUCGUAAAGAUAACAGCCGCUACCAGCAAAGUUUUAGGGACGAUAGAAGAGGGGGUUUUAAUAACCGUAAUUCUAACAGAGAAAGAGAGAAUUCUAAUAGAUAUCAGGAUGAAAAUUGGAGAUCCUCAACUAUUGAAGAAAAAGAUAGGUAUUAUCGGAAUGAAGAUUACAAGCAAGAUUUCAACAGAAAACCACACUUUAAAGGCAAUGAUGGGCAAAGCUUAAAAACAGGUAAUUCUAGCGAUGGAAGAGGUUACUCUAAUCGAGCAAGCAGAUAUGAGCAACCGCCACGUUAUCAGCAGCAGCAGUCUCCAAGUGAUGUUUCACUUAUAAAUGAGUCCAGAGAGUACACAAACACAUCCUACAGGUUGCCAGAAGAUAAAAGUAAGCAGAAGACUACUUACAACAGUAGUGUAUCUAACACGUCUAACAUCGUCAGUGAUGGUGGUGAUGGCAGUACCUCACAGAAUGUUGUCUUCUCCAACAAAGAAAAUGUUCAGACUAUUAAUGUUACCAUCACAAGCACAACUACAGAGAAGAAAUCAUAUGCUAAAGAACGUAGAGCUAAAGGUUCAGCUCGUUCCAUGGAAGGAGCUUCAGUGGCUAGUCAUCCAGAUAUGCAAAAAUUCAACUUGAGCUCUAAUGUGCAGUAUCAAGGACCUCCACCUGGUACAGUAAAAAUUGAACCUAACAUGGUAGCUCAGUCCAGCGCCAAGCGCUAUUCAUCGCAGAGACAACAGGGUUUGGGCAACCAAGGUGUUUUUACUGAACCUCCUCCCAUAGAAAACACAAGCCCUAAACUGUAUAACCCAGCUUUACCUCCGCCUUCAUAUUAUAGAGAGCAUGGUUCAGGUCAGCUUCCCAAUCCAACAAGUGUUCAGGAAUUCUCCCCUGCAAUGCUUCCUCCUGCUGCUGCUGCUGCUUUGCCUUAUGGCCUGCCAGUAUCUACAACAGUGCUUCCAAUGCCUCCUAAUGCACAAGGGAUUGCAAAUCCUGCCUUAUUUCAACCAACAGCUGGCCCUCCACCUGUGUUAGCACCAUCUUUUCUACCUGCAGGCAUGAUGUAUGCAGGUGCUCCAAGAGUGCCACCUCCUGGUACUCCUGCUGGAUUUCCAAUCUCUAUAGCAUAUGCCUCACCUCCCCCUCCCCCUGCAUCUGUGGCUGCCUCAGUGGUUGCUACUCAGCCUCCUCCUCAAGGAACUGUGCCCCAACCAGGUAUCCAGCAAGGUGCUCAGCAUAAAAAAGUGUACAGAGGAGAUAUAACCUAUUAUGCACCUGAAUUACAACAGCCAUCAAGAGCACAUCAGAAGAGACCUAAAGCUGCAAUACCAAUUAUUGAUCCACAAGCAGUGCCUCGUCAGAAGCAAAAGUCAGAUCAACGAUCAACACCUGAAAAGUCAUCACAGCUGUCGCAUAAAUAUGUUUCUUCGCCUGGUAAUGGAAACAAUGCUAAAGGAAAUCAGCCUUCAGCUCAGACUAGUAAUGCUCAAAAAGUAAAAAGCCCUCCCACUUCACAUGAAAAUAAACUUUUCAAACCAGUGGAACCUAAUGUUGAAACCAUGACAUUGGAAUCAGAAAGUACAAAAAAAAAUUUGUCUUCUGAGGCAGACUCUGGCAUAGACGUUACAGUUAAUAAUGAAUCCAGUUCACCAACUCCUACUUGUGAUUCUGUGUUGGCUGUCCACAACAUAGGUGGCUAUGACAGUGAUUUAAAAGGAUCCUUUGCUGAGCCUCUCCAGUCUUUCAAAGAAGAAGUAGAAGUGGUGGAAUCCUUGACAAAGAAUGUUGGGGAUGUGGCAUUGAUAGAUUCAGAUAAAAAUGAAAAUUUUCUAGUCAAUGUGGAUCACACAGUAGUUCAUAACAGUGAAGUUUCAUAAUGGUAGUGUUAAUUAUAAUGUCUUAGGUUUGUUUUAAUUAGUAACUUAAUUAUUUUUAACAAUGUUCUGGUUGUUUAAAUUGAUGUUCAAUGUGCACUUGAAACCACAGACUUUUUUUGUAUCCCCCAACAGGAAGUUGUGUAUGUGCCCUUGGUUAUUUUAAUGAGCUGAUCUGCUAUCCUGAUUGUAUUUUAACUACAGCUAUUUUAGAAACAAACCAUUUUGUCAGCCUCUUUCUCCUUUUGUUUUGCAAGUACUUUUCUGUUAGAUUAAGAGGAUGUCUAUUUUGUGUGGUCUACUAAUCACUCUUAAUUACAUAAUCAAUUUGAGUGAUCCAGUUUUGUUUUCUCUGUUUCUGCAUAAGAUGGUGUAGUUCAUAUCUCAUUAGUUUUCAUUUCACCACAUAAUGGCCACAUGUACUCUACAUGUAAAAAUAACCUUUUCAUCAUUCUCUUAUUUUUGAUGGUUUAGAAAUUAACAAAACAUUCUUUUGAGCUCUUCUGGGUAACCUUGUACAAAUGAGAUUUGUGCUGGAAUUAAAUACUUACCCAUCAUUUGUUUCUUCCACAAGCUAACAAGCUAAUCAUUUUAUUUCAUUCUGCUAUUGAACAACAACAUAUCUGAUCAUUCUAUUAGUCUUUUAUCUGAAUUUUGCUUUUAUCUGAAUUUUGCAAAUAAACACAAUUUUUUGUUUGUUUUCAGACUUCCUUCAUUUGUUCUGGAACUACAAAUUAUAGAUUAAUACUUUGAGGAACUAUUUUUGCAAAAACAUAAGCAACACCCACACAUAGAAAAUUUAUAUAUAUAUAUAUAUAUAUAUAAUCCCUAACAUCCUUAUAAAGCAGAAGAUGUUUAUCUGUGUUACAAGUUAUGACCAAUAAGAUAGAUAUGACAUGCCAAGCUCAAGUCCUUUGUAUAUUUUCCUGAUCUUUAUUGAAGGUUUGAACUCAUGACUUUUGGCAUGUCAUCAAACUUUCUACCACUUAGCAACUGCGACCAAAUUGUAGACCUAUAAUUUUCCAUUAAGUUUAGUAAAUAUUUAGUCUUAGUCUUAAAAUACUUUGGGCAGCAGGUAAUCAAGUUAGAAAAAUAAUUUUGUUAUAUAAUUGCAAAAAUUUUUUUUUUGGUCUAUGUGUUACCAGAAAUCAUUAAUUUAAUUUGUUUUUCUUACCAGAAAUUAAGAUAAUUUGUAAUUUUUAAAAUGUUCAGUUUGGUUACUUACCAACAUUUUUGUUUUAAUUAAUUAAAAAAAAAUUAAGAGAUUUAAGUUCUAUGAUUAGUUUAAUCUAUGUGUUGCUAAGAUGAGGUUGAAGUUAAAUAUGUGUGAUCUUUUCGUUUGAACACAUUAGGCUAUAGGCAUUUGAUAUUUGUAUGGAUUUCAACAAUGAUUAACAAAACAUUGGCAUUAGUAUAAUAUGUGGAAGAAUAACUAAUAUGCUGGUACCAAUAGUAGUUACUUUCCUUAUUGUGUUUAAAAAUAAUGUCAUUCUUGAAUUAUAUGCAUUAUAUUUAUUUUAUUUUUGUUACAAAUUGCUUGCAGUAUGCAUUAAAAAAAUAAUAAAAUUUUAUAAAAUUUUC